ACCCCGCCCCAGCGAGAGAGCAAGGAGGAGAGCCACCGCUCGAGCUAGAGAGCGAGCAGUAGCAGGCAAAAGGCAGCCCAAGGGCCCGGGCGGCGAAGAUGGCAGAGGCGCCGUCCUCCCCGGCCCCGCUGUCGCCGCUGGAAGUGGAGCUGGACCCAGAGUUCGAGCCCCAGAGCCGGCCCCGCUCCUGUACGUGGCCCCUGCAGAGGCCCGAGCUGCAGGCGAGCCCGGCCAAGCCCUCGGGGGAAGCGUCCGCCGACUCCAUGAUCCCCGAGGAGGAGGACGACGAGGAAGACGACGAAGGAGGCUGCGGAGCCCCUGGGGGCGGCGGAGGAUCCGGCACGGCCAUGGCCAUGGGCGGUGCGAGUGGCGUCCUCGGCCCGGGACUGCGCCCCGAGGAGGCGGCCCGACUCCUGGCCCCUAGCGGGCAAGACUCGGGAGCCGGUGCGCCCCCCGGGGCGGGCGUGCUGAGUGGGGGGCAGCAGGCGCCGUUGCAGCCUCCGCAGGCGCCGCUGCCGCUGCCGCCGCCACCACCGCCGCCGCCGCCGCUGCAGCAGCAGCAGCAGCAGCCGCAGCAACAGGGGGCGAGCGGGGCCGCGGGGCAGCCGAGGAAAUGCUCUUCCCGGAGGAACGCGUGGGGAAACCUGUCCUACGCGGACCUGAUCACUCAGGCCAUCGAAAGCUCCCCGGACAAGCGGCUCACCUUGUCCCAGAUCUACGACUGGAUGGUGCGCUGCGUGCCCUACUUCAAGGAUAAAGGCGACAGCAACAGCUCGGCCGGCUGGAAGAACUCUAUCCGGCACAACUUGUCCCUACACAGUCGAUUCAAAAGGGUACAAAACGAAGGGACGGGGAAAAGCUCCUGGUGGAUGAUCAACCCGGACGGGGGCAAGAGCGGCAAGGCCCCCCGGCGAAGAGCCGUGUCCAUGGACAACAGCAACAAGUACACCAAGAGCAGGGGGCGGGCGGCCAAGAAAAAGGCGUCCCUGCAGGCCGCCCAGGAGGCGCCCGAGGACAGCCCGGCGCAGCUGGCCAAGUGGCCGGGCAGCCCCACCUCCCGCAGCAGCGACGAGCUGGACACCUGGACGGACUUCCGCUCCCGAACCAACUCGAACGCCAGCACGAUCAGCGGGCGCCUGUCGCCCAUCCUGGCCACGUCGGAGCUGGACGACGUCCAGGACGACGACCCCCCGCUCUCCCCGAUGCUGUACAGCAGCUCGUCCAGCCUGUCGCCGUCGGGGAGCAAGCCGUGCACGGUGGAGCUGCCGCGGCUCACCGACAUGGCGGGCACCAUGAACCUGAACGACGGGCUGGCGGACAACCUCAUGGACGACCUGCUGGACAACAUCGCGCUGCCGCCGUCGCAGCCGUCGCCGUCGUCGGGCCUCAUGCAGCGGAGCUCCAGCUUCCCGUACGCCGCCAAGGGCUCCGGCCUGGGCUCGCCGUCCGGCGGCUUCGGCAACGCCGUGUUCGGCCCGUCGUCCCUGAACUCCCUGCGCCAGUCCCCCAUGCAGACCAUCCAGGAGAACAAGGCGGCCACCUUCUCCUCCAUGUCGCACUACGGCAACCAGACGCUCCAGGACCUGCUGACGUCGGACUCCCUGAGCCACAGCGACGUCAUGAUGACGCAGUCGGACCCGCUCAUGUCCCAGGCCAGCACGGCCGUGUCGGCGCAGAACUCCCGCCGGAGCGUCAUGCUCCGCAGCGACCCCAUGAUGUCCUUCGCCGCGCAGGCCGGCCAGGGCGGGCUGGUGGCGCCCAGCCUCCUGCACCAGCAGCACCCGGCCCAGAGUCCCCUCGGCGGCACCCGUGCCUUGUCUAGCGCCGGCGGCGGCCUGGGCCUGGGCGACGCCGGAGGCCUGGGCCCGGCCAAGCACCAGCAGCCGUCGCCCGCCGGCCCGUCUAUGCAAACCCUCUCUGACUCCCUCUCAGGGUCCUCUUUGUACUCCGCUAGCGUGAACCUCCCCGUCAUGGGCCAUGACAAAUUCCCCAGCGACCUGGACUUGGAUAUUUUUAACGGGAGCUUGGAAUGCGACAUGGAGUCCAUCAUUCGCAGUGAACUCAUGGACGCCGAUGGCUUGGAUUUUAACUUUGACUCCCUCAUCUCCGCUCAGAACGUUGUCAGUCUGAAUGUGGGGAGCUUCACUGGUGCUAAGCAGGCCUCAUCUCAGAGUUGGGUGCCGGGCUGAAGGACCUUUGAGGAAAGGGGGAAUGGGCAAAGCAGACCCUCAAACUGACACAAGAUCUAAAGAGGAGGAAAUAAAAAACCCUUUGCCAAAUCUGCUCUCAGCAAGUGGACAGCGACACGGUUUACAGCUUAAUGACCUUUGUGAAUCAAUCCUGCAUCAUCUUCCCAACCAAGCAGAGACUGUUAAUGGCCCCCUCAACCCCCAUCGAAGCUUCUAUUGAACUUGAGAACGUAUGCAAAAUGUUCCCUGUACAGGAUGAUGGAGCACCUUCCGUGGACACAGCACCCAACGCCUCUGCGCCAUCUUGUCAAGACACACUGUGUACCCUCUAACAAUAGUUCCCUGCCAGUGAUUAUGUGGUGUUAUACUAUAGCAAUGGUAUAUGGGCUCUUUUGAGAUUUGUGUUUAUUUUCUUGGUUUUCUCAUUCCUAUGCCCAAGCAAUACUUUUUUUUUCUGUUAAUUAGAUUCACCUGCCCUUUUUUUCCCCCCUCUGGCAAGUUUAAAACUUUGGAAGGAAGCAAACAUUCUUGCCAGUUAAGUUCCUGCUUCAGGAG